AUGAGCACACCAUUUGGCUUAGAUUUAGGUAACAAUAAUUCGGUGUUGGCGGUUGCUAGAAAUAGGGGUAUUGAUAUUGUUGUUAAUGAAGUCUCUAACAGGUGCACCCCAUCCUUGGUUGGUUUUGGUUCCCAGAACAGGUAUUUAGGCGAAUCUGGUAAGACUAAGCAGACAUCUAAUGUUAAAAACACUGUGGAAAACCUGAAAAGAAUCAUUGGUCUGAAUUUCAAGGAUCCGGAAUUCGAUAUCGAGAAUAAGUUCUUCACUUCAAAAUUAGUACAAUUAAAAAAUGGUAAAGUUGGUGCUGAAGUCAAGUUCGGCGGUAAAACACAAAUUUUCUCAGCUACUCAACUGACUGCUAUGCUCAUCGAUAAAGUUAAGCACACCGUUCAACAGGAAACGAAAUCAACAAUUGCCGAUGUCUGUCUUGCAGUCCCUGCAUGGUAUACGGAAGAACAACGCUAUAACAUUGCUGAUUCCGCCAGAAUUGCGGGAUUGAAUCCCGUAAGAAUCGUCAAUGAUGUCACUGCUGCAGCCGUUUCCUAUGGUGUUUUCAAGAAUGACCUACCUGGCCCUGAAGAAAAGCCAAGAAUUGUUGGCUUAGUGGACAUUGGGCAUUCUACGUAUACCUGCUCCAUCAUUGCUUUCCGCAAGGGCGAAAUGAAAGUACUAGGUACUGCUUAUGAUAAACACUUUGGUGGUAGAGAUUUUGAUCGGGCAAUCACGGAACAUUUUGCUGAUCAGUUCAAGGACAAGUACAAGAUUGACAUUAGAAAAAAUCCAAAGGCUUAUAACAGAAUAUUAAUUGCCGCUGAAAAAUUGAAAAAGGUGCUUUCCGCUAACACUACUGCCCCUUUUUCCGUUGAAUCUGUUAUGAAUGAUAUCGAUGUCUCCUCUCAAUUGAGUCGUAAAGAAUUAGAAGAGUUAGUAAAGCCUCUGUUAGAACGUGUGACGGAUCCAAUUUCCAAGUCCCUAACUCAAGCUAAUCUCACCGUAAACGAUGUUGACUUUGUAGAAAUAGUUGGCGGUACAACUCGUAUUCCAGUUUUAAAGAAGUCAAUCUCUGAUGCGUUUGGUAAACCUCUGUCUUCUACUCUAAACCAAGACGAGGCUAUCGCCAAAGGAGCAGCUUUUAUAUGUGCCAUCCAUUCCCCCACGUUAAGGGUCAGACCAUUCAAGUUUGAAGAUAUCGACUCAUAUUCAGUAUCGUAUACUUGGGAUAAGCAGGCCGAAGACGAGGAUCAUUUGGAAGUUUUUCCUGCUAAUUCCUCAUAUCCAUCAACAAAGUUGAUCACCUUGCAUCGUACAGGUGACUUUCGCAUGGAGGCAAGAUAUACGGACCCUUCAAAACUGCCAAGAGGUACUCCUGCGACCAUUGCCAAGUGGAAAUUCACUGGGGUCAAUGUUCCCAAAGGUCAGGAUUUUGUUCCCGUUAAAGUAAAGCUAAGAUGUGACCCAUCUGGCCUGCAUAUUAUUGAGAAUGCUUACACCUUGGAAGAAAUUACAGUUCAAGAGCCAAUACCUCUACCUCAAGAUGCACCAGAAGAUGCCGUGCCUCAGUUCAAGGAAGUUACUAAGACAGUUAAGAAGGAUAUGUUGGGUAUGACAGCGGAAACAUUUGCCCUUAAUCCAGUCGAACUGAACGACUUGAUUGAAAAAGAAAAUGAAUUGACAAAUCAGGAUAAAUUGGUUGCUGAAACUGAGGAUCGUAAAAAUGCCCUCGAAGAGUACAUUUAUACUCUCCGUGCUAAGCUUGAUGAGGAGUACUCCAAUUUUGCAUCCGAUGCAGAAAAGAGAAAAUUGAAAAACAUGUUAACUACCACCGAAAAUUGGUUAUACGACGAUGGUGAUGAUUCUACUAAGGCGAAAUAUAUUGCCAAAUAUGAAGAAUUAGCAUCUUUAGGUAACGUUAUUAGGGGCCGGUAUUUAGCAAAGGAGGAAGAAAAAAGACAGGCACUUAGAGCAAACCAAGAAACUUCGAAGAUGAAUGAUCUUGCCGAAAAAUUGGCUGCCCAACGAAAAGCACAGGCUGCAAGUGAUGAUGAGGAUGAAGAUAAUGAUGAAAACAUGGAUCUUGACUAA